CUCACUCGAGCCAUCCCCGCCUUGCCCGACUCGGGCCAGCGCCUGGUGAGCUAGCCCAUCUGUGGCAUCCGCCGUCGUCUCCUCCUAGCACCUCCUCGCCGACCCCUCCCUCCCGGGACCUGCAUCCCGCUCAGCCAAUCAACGCCCGACUGCCAGUUCCCACGUGAUCCCGGGCGGGCUAAGGACCUGCUGCUUCCCAAACGCCAGAGGGAUGCGGGCAGCAGAGCGCGAGAGGCGGCUGCCAGGCUGCGGGGCGCUUUGACUCUCCCUCCACCCAGCCUCUUUGGGCUCCUCUGGUCUGCUCUCUUGACUUCGGUCUCCUCUUGCUGUCCUGGCUUGCCAGAACCCUCUGCUUAUGGCAGCAGCUUCCCGCGUCCCCGGCGCAGCUUUUCCGUGGACGACCCUCUAGCUCCCGGGGCUGAGCCGGGUCACUGGAUGUUGCUGAAACUCUGGAGAUCAUGCGCGGGUUUGGCUACUGCUUCCCUGUCAGGUGCCACUGCCACCGCCGCCGCCUUUGCUGCCGCCGUCCGCGGGAUGCCCAGUAGCCCGCUGCCUGACCCCCGCGAUCUUGUGUUCUCCCGAAGCCGUUUGCUGCUGCAGAGUUACGCGAACUAGUCAUGGUGCUGUGGGAGUCCCCGCGGCAGUGCAGCAGCUGGACACUUUGUGAGGGCUUUUGCUGGCUGCUGCUGCUGCCGGUGAUGCUGCUCAUCGUAGCCCGCCCGGUAAAGCUCGCAGCUUUCCCUACCUCCUUAAGUGACUGCCAAACGCCCACCGGCUGGAACUGCUCUGGUUAUGAUGACAGAGAAAAUGAUCUCUUCCUCUGUGACACUAACACCUGUAAAUUUGAUGGUGAAUGUUUAAGAAUUGGAGACACUGUGACAUGCGUCUGUCAGUUCAAGUGCAACAGUGACUAUGUGCCUGUGUGUGGUUCCAAUGGGGAGAGCUAUCAGAAUGAGUGUUAUCUGCGGCAAGCUGCGUGCAAACAGCAGAGUGAGAUACUGGUGGUGUCUGAAGGAUCCUGUGCCACAGAUGCAGGAUCAGGAUCUGGAGAUGGAGUCCAUGAAGGCUCAGGAGAAACCAGUCAAAAGGAGACAUCCACCUGUGAUAUUUGCCAGUUUGGUGCAGAAUGUGAUGAAGAUGCUGAGGAUGUCUGGUGUGUGUGCAACAUUGACUGUUCUCAAACCAACUUCAAUCCCCUGUGUGCUUCUGAUGGGAAAUCUUAUGAUAAUGCAUGUCAAAUCAAAGAAGCGUCAUGUCAGAAACAGGAGAAAAUUGAAGUCAUGUCAUUGGGUCGAUGUCAAGAUAACACAACUACAACUACUAAAUCUGAAGAUGGGCAUUAUGCAAGAACAGAUUUUGCAGAGAAUGCUAACAAAUUAGAAGAAAGUGCCAGAGAACACCACAUACCGUGCCCAGAACACUACAAUGGCUUCUGCAUGCACGGGAAGUGUGAACAUUCUAUCAAUAUGCAGGAGCCAUCUUGCAGGUGUGAUGCUGGUUAUACUGGACAACACUGUGAAAAAAAGGAUUACAGUGUACUGUAUGUUGUUCCUGGCCCUGUCCGGUUUCAGUACGUCUUAAUCGCAGCUGUGAUUGGAACGCUUCAGAUUGCCGUCAUCUGUGUGGUGGUUCUUUGCAUCACAAGGAAAUGCCCCCGAAGCAACAGAAUUCACAGACAGAAGCAAAAUACAGGGCACUACAGUUCAGACAACACAACAAGAGCGUCCACGAGGUUAAUCUAAAGGGAGCAUGUUGCACAGUGGCUGGACUACCGAAAGCUUGGACUACACAAUACAGUAUUAUAGACAAAAGAAUAAGACAAGAGAUCUACACAUGUUGCCUUGCAUUUGUGGUAAUCUACACCAAUGAAAACAUGUACUACAGCUAUAUUUGAUUAUGUAUGGAUAUAUUUGAAAUAGUAUACAUUGUCUUGAUGUUUUUUCUGUAAUGUAAAUAAACUAUUUAUAUCACACAAUA